AUCAUCUUGUGCUGUAAUUGCACUCUUGUGUCAUCACAUGCAGAUGAGGGAGGUGGCGAGAGAUGUACAGUAUAUAAACAGGGAACAGUCUAGGUUUCAGUACCUUGCUUUCCCCUCAGCUUGUCUCAGCAUCUCUGCUCUCACGCCUCCACACACCACCACCAACAAAAUGGCCUUUGCUGGAAGAUGGGAAACUGAGACCCAGGAGGGAUACGAGGCAUUCUGCAAGCUGCUUGGUAUCCCAGAUGACAUCAUUGAGAAAGGCCGUGACUACAAGCUGAUCACAGAGGUCACUCAGGAUGGCGAUAACUUCUCCUGGACCCAGCUCUACCCAGCAAAUGCCAAGGUCACCAACACAUUCACCAUUGGCAAGGAGUGCGACAUGGAGACCAUUGGAGGAAAGAAAUUCAAGGCCACAGUGCACAUGGAGGGAGGCAAGCUGAGCACGACCUUCCCCAACUACCACCACACCACUGAGAUCUGCGGAGGCAAGAUGGUCGAGACCUCCAAAGCCGGCUCUGUAGUGCUGAAGAGAACCAGCAAGAAGAUCUAACUGUUGACUGAUCUUUGACCUCUUAAACAGUUACAAUGGAGACCUGAGCUACUACUGCAAUUAAUAAAGAAAGAACAAACAUGCA